GCCCAUCUGGCUGCCCCCAGGCCUACACGGCACGCAGGCCUCGACGCCUUGCACGGCACAGGAAGGGCUGCCUCGCGUUGGGACCGAGCGAUGGCGCAGCUCCUCGGCGGGCUGGACGUCGUCUACGCGGAGGAAGAGCCUGCCGAGAGCAGCAGCGCCGACGAUUCUGACGACGACUCGGACGCAUCGCUGGGCAGCGGCGGCGCGGCGGCGGCGCGGGCCGCGGCGGUCGCGCGCGGCGGCGGCGGCGCCGCGGCGGCGGCGGUCGUCGCCGAGAACGGGCUCGCGAGCCUGCGGCGCGCGCGGCUCGCGCCGGGCGUCUUCGGCGCCGCUGUGGCGCUGCGCAACGAGCCGCGCGCGGCGCGGCGCAUCGAGGUCGCGGCGGUGCGAGCGGCGGCUCGCGCGCCCGGCGUCGCGGCCGGCGACGUGCUCGUGGCCAUCAACGGGAAGCCGCUGCCGCGCGGCGCCUCGGCCGAGGAGCUGCAGGACCUCGUGCGGUCGAACCCCAAGUACGCGCUCGCGGCCGUCGACGCGCUCCUCUGGCGCGGGCGCGCGGCGGCCGGCGGCGGCGCGCCCGCCGGCGGCGAGCUCUGCGUCCACUGCUGUGCGGAAAUCACACUUCGGGCGCCCCACGCCAUCGACGCGAUGCUGUCUCCGUAGCUGCCCUGCUCGAUGGCGUGGAGUUUCCAGGCCAUCGACGCGACGUUGUCCCCGUGACCGCGCGUGGAGGUUCGAUAACCUAACUCACUGGUUGAUUUCCACACAGGUCCACUGCGGCGCGGGCGCGGCCGGCGUGACGUGGGCGCGCGUCGCGUUUCCCGGGCGCGCCGCGCUCGACGGCGCGUUCGCGGCGGCGGCCGUCGGCGGCCGCGCGGCGCGGCUCCACGUCCGGCCCGGCGACGUCCUCGUCGGCCUCAACCACGAGCCCGUGCCGCGGCGCCACGCCGCGGCCGCGCUGCUCCAGCGCUUCUCGUCCGCGGCCGCGCGCGGCGCGCUGACGCUCAACCUCUGGCGCUGCCACGACGCCGACGUGCUCGACGAGAUCCGCCGCCAGUGCGCCGCCGCCGAGGCGCGGUCGCUCGCCGUCGACCCGUCCGUCGCGGCGCGGCUCCCACGACAGCCCGGACGGCCCGCGGCGGCCGACGCGCGCUGCCCCGGCGACGGGUGUUUCUUGUAA